AAUAGUAGCGGUUGCUGCCCACAUGAUUUGUUUUCAUAUACAUUAUAAUUCAGAGGCAGGUUGGAUUCUGGAAAUCAGAGUCAAUGGUGGAUCAGAGAGGCGCCAUAUUAGUUCAGUUGUUAUCUACCUUGAUGCCAUACUAAUUUCUGUGAAUCCAAAAUUGCUGGCACCAGUUCCUGUUGCCUGUUGGUGCAAGGACCCACGCCUUCCAUCUGAGAAAUGUAAAGGAUGGAUCAAUUGGCAUGGUCAGCUCAUGUAUAGUUCUUUGUCUCUCUGGAAGAUGACAUGCAUCUCACCACACAAUCCCAGCUUUUUUAGGCAAGAUAUCCUCAAUGGCUGUUACGCCUUGGUUCCCAACAUCACAUGCUUUGUGGGCGAGUGCAUGAUAAUGGCAACUUGGUGUUCGCCUACUAAAAGGAAGGAGCUGUUGAGCUAACUUUCCUCUACUUCACAUGACCGGAAAGAGGUCAAGUGCUAAUCGC